AACCGAGUAAACAGUUUUUAUACAGACAUUCAGAUUCAAAACAAAAGUUUUGCAAAGUGUUAAAUCUUUGCAAAACUUGGGUUAAAGCUUUCAACUGGAUUUGGAAUUUUGAGGAGUCUUGUUUUUCCCAAAUAUAACCUUGGGCUGUGGGAUAUAUUUUUGAUUGUGUAAAUUCAACAAGGCUGAGGGGCCACCAGCUGCAGAGUCUGACCUUGGGCAGACGAUGGAGGGAUUUGGCUUUGAGCACUUUGCAGAUGGAGCAAGAGAAAGCCAGCGGUUGGACUAUCGGAAGUUUGUGGGGGACACUGAGCCAUCGUCCUUAAAAGUUUCAUCCAGGGAAGCAGAGUUCCACAUCCGGCAAACCCCCCACAGCUAUGGGCAUGAGUCUGCUGCCCAGAGAUAUAGCGCCACGCGGAUUCAGGCGGGUUUUGGUCCAGAGAGCAUGGCAGAUUAUCUAAUCAGCGGUGGCACAGGCUAUGUCCCCGACGAUGGACUCUCAGCACAGCAGCUGUUUUCAGUCGGAGACGGCCUCACAUACAACAGAUCUGACCAACAGUGUGUUGUCUGGGAUGGUCAUACGGCUGAAGAGCUAUGCUCUAAAGGAGAUGGGUUGACUUACAAUGACUUCCUGAUUCUACCUGGCUUCAUUGACUUCACCUCAGACGAAGUGGACCUGACAUCAGCACUGACCAGGAAGAUCACCUUGAAAACCCCCCUCAUUUCCUCCCCCAUGGACACGGUCACAGAGUCAGCCAUGGCAAUUGCUAUGGCGCUCAUGGGAGGCAUUGGCAUCAUUCAUCAUAACUGCACGCCGGAAUUUCAGGCUAAUGAAGUUCGCAAAGUCAAGCACAUGAGGUUUGAGCAGGGUUUUAUCACAGACCCCGUCGUAAUGAGCCCACGUCACACAGUCGGGGAUGUGUUUGAGGCCAAAGUAAGACACGGUUUCUCUGGCAUUCCUGUCACAGAGACUGGAAAAAUGGGCGGCAAACUGAUGGGCAUCGUCACCUCCAGGGAUAUUGACUUCCUCUCUGAAAAAGAGCAUGACAAAUAUUUGGAGGAGGCUAUGACUAAGAGGGAGGACUUGGUGGUGGCUCCCGCUGGUGUCACACUAAAGGAAGCCAACGAUAUCCUGCAGCGCAGCAAAAAAGGCAAGCUCCCUAUAGUGAAUGAUAACGACGAGCUGGUGGCUAUAAUCGCCAGGACGGAUUUGAAGAAGAACAGGGAUUACCCGCUGGCCUCCAAAGACUCCCGGAAACAGCUGCUGUGCGGAGCCGCCAUCGGCACCAGAGAGGACGACAAAUACAGACUGGACCUGCUGGUGCAAGCUGGAGUGGAUGUUGUUGUACUGGACUCUUCACAAGGCAACUCGGUGUAUCAAAUCAACAUGAUAAGCUACAUAAAACAGAAGUAUCCCGAGCUGCAGGUUGUGGGAGGAAAUGUUGUUACAGCAGCCCAGGCCAAGAAUCUGAUCGAUGCUGGCGUGGACGCUUUGAGAGUCGGCAUGGGCUGUGGCUCAAUCUGCAUCACGCAGGAAGUGAUGGCAUGCGGACGACCCCAAGGCACGUCUGUCUAUAAAGUGGCAGAGUACGCCAGGCGUUUCGGUGUGCCGGUCAUCGCUGAUGGUGGCAUUCAGACUGUGGGCCAUGUGGUGAAGGCUCUGUCUCUGGGAGCAUCUACUGUUAUGAUGGGCUCGUUGCUAGCAGCAACCACAGAGGCUCCUGGAGAGUACUUCUUUUCGGAUGGUGUGCGGCUGAAAAAAUAUCGGGGAAUGGGCUCCUUGGACGCUAUGGAGAAGAACACAAGCAGCCAGAAACGAUACUUUAGCGAGGGCGACAAGGUGAAGGUAGCUCAGGGCGUUUCGGGCUCAGUGCAGGACAAAGGCUCCAUCCACAAGUUUGUACCUUACCUCAUAGCAGGCAUUCAACACGGCUGUCAGGACAUCGGAGCUAAGAGCCUCUGCGUCCUGCGUUCCAUGAUGUAUUCUGGAGAGCUGAAGUUUGAGAAGCGGACCAUGUCUGCACAGGUGGAGGGAGGCAUUCAUGGACUCCAUUCUUAUGAGAAGCGCCUUUACUAAAGGGCUGGAGUGCACUUCAUAACCAAAUUUUAACGGUGACCAAAUGUUAAACCGCCACUUCUGCCAAAACACCAUCACCAGGUUCACACACUGGGUUCUCCCGUGUCAUACCCAAUCCCUCUCUGUGUUCCCAGACAGUUGAUUUGGACAGGAGAGAGGAGCAUUGUAGCAAAGUGAGAACCUUCAAACUUUUCCGAACCCCAAACCUCGGACGAUACACUUUAAGGAACUGGCACAGCAGAGAUUUUUGGAAUAACAUUUACACCCAUCUAACGACUGUCCAACCCCAUUUCAGUGUCAUACAUGAACAGAACGAAUAAUGUGAAUCAAUGGAUGUGAGAGAACAAAGUGAAGGUACUUUUUUCUGUCCAGAACAGCCAUGGUCCAGGUUGGCAAUAUCUUUUCUUUCUUUUUUUCUUAUUUAGUCUGUCCUCUUCUUCACACACUUCGUGAACUCUUAAGAUGCUAGUUAGUGUUUGUUUUUCUCCCUGCAUUUCUACGUUGUUACAGGUAAAAGAUGUUUAUGCCGCAUCACAUCAUGUUUAUUACUCAGCAAGUCUUGUUUUUAUAGAUGUGUGUUAGCGUCGUUUGGUAGCUUACCUGCAAUCAGUCCUGCUUUCCUGACAACUGUUAACACUCAAAUUAGCCCUGAAACGUUCUGAGCCAAACCCCCCCCCCCCCCCCCCCCCCGCCCCUCUCUGAGUGUUCAUGUGGGACCAAAAGCUAGAGAUCAGGUACAUUUCUAAGAAUAAUCACAAACGACAAUUUAAAAUUAACUUGAAUACUUUCCAAAAAAAAAAGAAAUCUUUAUUUCACACUUCCUGCGGGCUUUGAACUUAAAAUGAAGUGGUUUUGAUAUGUGUUUGCUUUUUCACUCAGCCUAAGGAGGCUCUAUUUAUAUUCUGCUUUACCUGCAUACAUACUGACUGCCAAGUGUAUUUACACCUGUUCUGGUUUUCUAACUUAAAACUUUUGCAACUUGUUUGUUUUUGCAUCGAUGUUAUGGCAUAAGUUCUCUGUAAUAAGUUACAUGUUUGUUUUUCACCAGAGAUAUGCCUUGAAAGCAGAGAUGGUUAAACACUGCACUCUCAGUUGAAAUGUGUGGAUCCACAGACGUUUCCUUAUCUUGCGCCCCCGUUGGUCGUGCAGCUUUUUUGUAGAAGUAGGUUUUUCUAACGUUUUCAUACAGGACGUCCCGACUGCGGAUACUGUCUUUAUUUUAGAAGCAAGUUCCUUCUCUUGUGUACAAGAGGAAGACACAACACGGGGUUUUUGCUUGAAGAUGGACCUCACAACUGAACUCCGGUCAAAUGGAAAUGGGGGGGGGGUAUAGAAAAUAUACACCGCUUUUCAGUUUAAGGAGACUUCCUACUUAGAGGUCAGGUUUUUCAGAUGUCUUAUUGUCAAGCUGUAGGUCAUUGUAGUCCAUCUGAAAAGCACAACAAUCAUAAUACCAGAGAGAUGUGAUUUUUGUGUUGCUCUUAUAUGAUUUUCCACCUUUUUAAAUGUUGCCAUCGUGUUGUGGCAGCUUCCACAGUCGCAGCUGGCAGUUCCGUUUCUAAAUGAAUGGUGAAACACUCAGUAUUUAGUAAAUCCAUUAGAGGAUUGUGAGGAAAAUCAGAACAUGUUUACAGUAAAACAGGAAGAGACGACUUGCUUUUGCUGUUUAAUAUGUCAAAAGAAUAAAUUAAUAUUACAGUG